GGAGCCGGCGAGCGGGACCUCCUUCACACCGGCGCUGUGGUUUUGUGCGUUUCCACUCAUUUUUUAACCACGCCACCAUACUUAAAUUCCGCUGAUGAUGGUCGUCUCGGAUCACUAAUUCAGAUCAAUCUCUCCACCAAUCUGAUCAUAUGUGCAUAGAGGAAUACAUUGAAGAUGAUGAGGAACCACCUUUGCUGCUCAGCUCUUGUCCUUCUUACGGUGUUUGGCUGUGGUGGGACUGCAGCAGUGCAGUGUCGGUGGGGGGAAGGGUGUACUUGUUUGCAGUGCCCCGCUGGCCAGGAGCCAUCGAAGGCUUGUGGUCAAAUCCAAGGGCCAGAGGAGGAUGUGCAAUGUCAGCCUUGCACAGUAGGCACAUUUUCAGACAGAUUUGACUCUGGAGUUUGCCGUCUACAUGCCUCAUGUGGGGUCCUUGGGCGAAAGGUUGCUGCACCUGGCACCUUGCAAUCUGACACAGUCUGUGGAGAUUGUCUGCCUGGUUUCCAACUAACUGCCAUGGGGAAAAUUUCCACCUUAAGUCCGUGUCGCCAAGCUCCCUUGCCACCCCAGGUCAGGAAGGUGCGUACCGUUGGAAAGGGCCCCGUCGGUGGCAGAAGUGGCACAAUGGUCAACGGCACGGCGGUGCGCAGUGCUGAGGAGAAGACGGCGGAGUAUGCUGUGUUCGCCCUGGUGCCAAUCUUUUGUGUGAUGGGCCUGCUGGGCAUCCUCAUCUGCAACAUCCUGAAGAAAAAGGGCUACCGCUGCACCGCCGAAAAAGAGGGAGGGGAAGAAGAGACGGCCACCCCAGCAAAGGAAGGUAACGGCUGUCCCUACACCCCUGACGACCCUAACGAAGACACCAUCAGUGUUCUAGUGCGCCUUAUAACUGAGAAAAAAGAAAAUGCUGCUGCUUUAGAGGAACUGCUGCUGGAGUAUGAAAGUAAACAGAUGGCCAUGAGCAAAGGCUCAUCAAAGUUCCCGGUGCUCUCUCCCCUGUCUCAGUUCCAGUCCCUCCCCAGGCUCUGCCCCCAUCAGUCCCACCUCCACACCAUUUCAGGCCUCUCUGGCCUGGCCUCCAAACAUGGCUACUGCUGCUCCCGCUGUGCCCAGCGGAAAUGGCCCCCAGUCCUGAUACCCCCCCUGAAUUCCUUCAAAGACCCUCUGAAGCCUCCCCAAACUCUCAUCCUCCCCUCCCUGGACACAGCUGCUGACCAGCAGAAGAGUCCUCUGCUGGGGGAAGUGUGUGUGGACACACACCAUACCCAAGCAGUUGUGCCAAAUAGUGUGCAGGUGAAGGUGGAAGGAAGCGAGGGGAGGGAGAAGAAAGAGGGAGAGUUGACAGUGCUGUCCGUGGGAAGAUUUCAAGUUGCCCAGAUACCUGAGCAGAAACCUGUCACUGUGGAAGCUAAAUCAUCUUCCCAGGAGCCACGAAACUCUCUGUUUGGAGGGAGACCCUUCUCCUCCUCUUCAUCAUCAGGCACCAGGAGGUGAACAGAAAGAUGCCGGAUGAUGGUGCUACCUCACUGAAGAUGACCUUAUCAUCGACUGACCGCGAGAAGGUUGGAUGUGUCUAGAUGGCUGACACUAAGAAACGACCUCCUCCUUCAAGAAGCUGACUCUGGCUACCUGAGGAAAGGAAGAUAGUUGUAUUUAUUAUCAUUUUUCUACAUCACAGACAUAGAAAUCAUUGAAGUGUCUAAUGUUCCACACUUGCUGCACUGCCGCUGUACUGUUACCCCGCCUCUAAGAGGAGUUGUUCUGGAACCCCGUUCAGGUGGUCCUGAGUGGGGCGGAGGGCCUUCGACGAUUCACAAUGAAUAUCAAUACUUAGCACAUGGAAGGAGGAGGGCUGAGUGAGAGAGCAGGAAAAACGCAGGUGGAGGAGAAUAAACUAACACACUUGGGUCCUGUAUUUGUGCUUCCAUUAAAUUAAAAAAUCCACAGGGGCAAAACACACACACACACACCACACACAUACACACUAAUAGACAUGUGCAAAUGUGCACGUGCACAUGCCUGUUUUUUCCCUGUGGGAAGUGCGGAGGAUUUAGACACUGUGCAAUAAUGUGCAACCUGCAGAAAGAAACACCCCUCAUUGAAAUGAGACGAGGUUUUCUUUUUUUUACAGCAAAACAAAAGUGUGCACAUGUAUGAGGAAAGAAAAAAAUAACACCAAGUAUUUGGAGAGAAAAUAUGUGAAGAAAAAAAAAGGUAACCCUUGACAUUGGAGCUAUUUUUCUAAGUUUUGUUUUGUUUCUUUUAUUUAUUGAUUUUUGUUCCCCACAUAUUUGCAUUUUUUUUUUUUAGAUGACCUGUUGAAGUUUUGGAGCUUGAUCAUGUUGAAUGUAGUCUUAACAGGAGCGGCUCACAUCUACCGCAGGGCUCACACAGAACAUGUCGACGCUGGCGGUUUUAAGAAACAUUCACGCCGCAAUCAGCAGUUGAAUAACACACAGCAUUCAUUACACCCUGUGUCACCAAGACUUUAUUACCUAUGACACUGAGGUACAUAUUAGCUGUUAAACUGUGGGACAGGGGCCAAAAUAGAGGGGUCCCUCCCUAGUGUACCUCAAACCCUUUUUUAAACGAACCCCAGGGCAACGGACUAAAGUCUUCAUUUAGGUGCUAAAACAGAUCAACAAUUAGGUUGAAAACUCACUAAUGUAGAAUAGCACAUGUAAAUGUAUGUACAUAUGUAAAUAGGUGCGGGUUUCAGAGAAACUGGUUUUGGCUGGUUUAUACAGUUGUGGUAUAUGACAUGAGAUGUGGACAGACUGGAUAUCUCAAAAACCACUACAUGACAUCUCUAAUCUGCCGGUCUGCAAUCAAUCAAACUCUGGAGGACUGCCAUUCAGUGUCACUUGGGUCGCAUUGCUAUUCCUCUCAGCUCCGCUAUGCCGUGACACAACGCGCACACAUGAACAGAACACAGGCACACUGUACGAAUCUCAUUCCUUCAAAACUUGACUUUUCUUUAAGUUCAUUCGUAGAAACAAGCCAGCCAGCCGGCACUCAUUGGCAGAAUAUUAAAGAUUGCAGCAUUACAAUUUUUUUGCAGUUUACAUUCACGUGUUUGUUUUUUAAAGGGUGUAUCAUAAUAGAUUUUUUUUUUAGAUACUCAUUUCGUAUUUUGUUGUUAGUGUUGCUGUUUAACUCUUGCAGUUCAGAGAACAAUACAACUUGUCUGAAGGAGUGGAUUACAUUAAUUGAUUGAAGCAUUUCCAUGUUUUUCAUUUACCUGUGCUAUUAUUAUUAUUAUUAUGUUAGAAGUUGAUGUGUUACUGAUAGCAAGGGUAAAAAAACACUCCUAUUUUAGACUGAAUCUAUGAUAUUCCAUUUUGUCUGUACGGUAUUUUUACUCUUGAAAUAAA